AUGUGUGCGCCCAGUACGAUUGGUCAUGUUGCCAAAACGGCGUACCGGAGAAAACUGGUAAUGUGCGCACGUCAAAGUCAAAAAAAGUAUCGCGAAACAUCGGUAAGAACUUUCGUUUUACCUUUUUGGUUUUAGUCAGUAUACUUGCAACAUAAAAUAAAACAUUUGCAGUUUUUCAGCUUUACGAAGCUUAACAUCAGUAAAAGCUACAGUUUUUACCCAAUAUUAACUAAUAUAAUACAAAUCUAUACUCAAAAUAAUUUAGACGCGUCGAAAAAUUGUGCCAACAAUUCUACGACAGCAUCCACCGUCUGAACUGCAAUUCAUAUCGUUGUUCGGAUACCUACAAACUCAAUGUCACACACGGCCAAAUGAAAAUUGUACAAACGAGGACUAUGAAAGCAUGACACGAGGCUGUGAAGACGAUAUACGACAAAGAAGUCAAUUGUCAAAUUCCGAUUUGGAUCGGCAUCAGCUUUUACGGUAAUUAACUAGCAAUAAAAGAGGCGGAAAGGUCAAGUAUAAGACAAGAUUUAAUAUACUAAAGCAUUAAGUUGUUCACUUAAUUCUGCGCUCCUUCUCAAAGCUAGUUUGUAGAAUACGAGGGCGCAGAAUUACGUUAACAACCUAAUCUUUCUAAAAAUUAUUACCUAAACUACAAAUUUUAGAAUUAAACUUGACGCCUCCAGUCGACUUCUACCGUACACCGAGACUAAACGUGCCGAUGAAUGCUUAAUGGUCCGCUCAUCACUAUCAGACAUCUUUCAAAUUCACCAAAAAUACUGCCUACAGACAAUUGUGACAAGAUGUAUGUGCGAACGUUUAAAUUUCGAAUAUUUUUGUGAUAUCGAAUGUUCGCGGUUAGAACCAACUGGACUACCAUUGUACCAACAGCUACUUUGGGACGAGUUCAAGGGUCGGUUAGCUAGUAAUGGCUAUGUAAAUAACGCUCAAUUUUUAAUCAAUUUAAUGUUUGUUGUGCUUGUAAAUUUAUUAUGA